GGGGAUACUUUCCUUUUAAAACCAAUUGUCUCACUAUAUAUACAGACACAAACAGGUUCUUGUACCAGAGUAAAUUCUAUAUCUCGUUGAUAUCAAAUCAAGAACAAAGCUAAGAAUACAAUGACUUCGUCUGUCUUCUUGAUUUCUCUUCUUCUUCUUUCUCUUUCAUCGGCCGUUUUCUCCGAUGACGCAUCUUUCCAGAAACUCCCAAUACCAGGGAAGAGGUCUGGCCCUGAAGCUUUUGCCUUCGAUACCAUCGGAAAAGCUUUUUUCACCGGAGUCUCCGGUGGUAAAAUCCUCAAGUAUACAGCCGACAAGGGUUUCGAAGAUUUUGCCGAGAUCACCACGACUUCGAAUUCGUCAUGGUGCAAUGGAAUAAUUGGAACCGCUCUGGCCGGGAAAUGUGGCCGACCUGCGGGGAUAGCCUUCAACCCCAAAACAGGUGACCUUUACGUCGCUGAUGCUCCAUUGGGUCUUCACGUUAUCCCUCCCGCCGGAGGGUUGGCCACAAAGAUCGCCGACAGUGUCGAUGGAAAGCCCUUCAAGUUCUUGGACGGUCUUGACGUUGAUCCCACCACAGGCGUAGUCUACUUCACUUCUUUCAGCUCAAAGUUCAGCCCCAGCGAAGUGUUGAUCGCAGUUGGACUAAAAGACGCGAGCGGAAAGCUCUUCAAAUACGAUCCAGCGACUAAAGCAGUGACGGUGUUAAUGGAAGGUAUAAGUGGUGGAGCUGGUUGCGCCGUGAGCUCAGAUGGUUCGUUCGUGCUGGUUACGGAGUUCAUAAAGAGUAACAUCAAGAGAUACUGGAUCACAGGACCCAAAGCUGGAUCGACGGAAGAUGUCACAAGUUCUGUCUCGAACCCUGACAACAUUAAGAGGAUCGGUGCUACUGGAAACUUUUGGGUUGCUUCGGUCAAGAACAAGGUGGUCGUGCCAACGGAUCCUUCGGCUGUGAAAAUCGAUUAUAAUGGAAAAGUUCUUCAGACCAUUUCUCUCAAGAAUGAGUUUGGGGACACUUUGCUUAGUGAAGCCAAUGAGUUAGACGGCAAACUUUAUAUUGGGACACUUACUGGACCUUUUGCUGGAAUCAUGAAACUUUAAUUUGGUAUUACAAAAUUAUGAUUGUUAAUGAGAUCAUGUUGAAAAAGUUUUUUCAAUUAUUCAGUCUAUAAUAAAGUUAUAUAUAUCAACUUACAAUUGAUUUCAA